AUGCCCAAGGACUACCAGCACUUCCUGGCCCUGGUGUUUGCAGUCAGAGAGAUCAACAAGGAUUUGGUUCUCCUCCCCAACAUCACCCUUGGUUUCCAUAUCUUUGACAAUCAUGAGAUUGAGAGGAGGGUUUAUUUAAUCAGCCUCUCCUUGCUCUCCACAGGAGGCCAAAUGGUUCCAGGUUAUCAGUGUGACAGGCAGAACACUCUGCUCUCUGUCACUGGAGGUCUCAACUCAAAAUCUUCAAUGCAGAUGGCCUCCAUCUUCAGCAUCUUUAAGGUCUCACAGAUCAGCGCCCCGUUGAGCAAAAAACUGGGUCUGCAAGAGAAAGUGAGGCAGAAACCUUCUCCAAACCCCAUCCUGGAAGCUUCUUACAGAAAGUGGAGGAAAAGUCCCCCAAAGGAAGAAGUCAACGGCUUAGCCAAGCAGUGUGAUCUCCAACCGAGACAGGUAGAAAGGUGGUUUCGAUGCCGGCUGAAUCAGGACCGGCCCAGCUUGACCAAGAAAUUCUGUGAAGCCAGCUGGAGAACCAUCUACUUUAUUAUUUCCUUCUGCAUGGGGUGGGCCAUCCUUUACGAUAAACCCUGGUUCUGGGACUUCCGCAAAUGUUGGCUUGGGUAUCCCAAGCAGCCUCUCCAGCUGAGCAUUUUUGGCUACUUCCUCAUGCAGUUCUCCUUCUACUGCUCCUUGGUUAUCACUCUUCCUUUUGAUGUCAAACAGAAGGACUUUCAUCAAGAAAUUGUCCAUCAUGUAGUCACCAUUUUACUCAUUGGCUUCUCGUACUGUGCCAAUUACAUCCGUAUCGGUUCACUUAUCUUAUUUCUAAUUGAUUCUACGCAUUAUCUCCUGGAGAUGGCAAAGAUAUUUAACUACCUGAAGUGGCAAAAAACCUGUGACACACUUUUUAUCGUAUUCUCAGCAAUAUUCCUGUUUGUUCAUCUGGGGAUUUUUCCUUUCAAGAUUCUCCACAACACAUGUUUCUAUGUCAUGGAGCUCUACCAGCCUUAUUACGGCUACUACUUCUUAAAUGCUCUCCUGAUGAUCGUGCAGCUCCUUCAUGUUUUUUGGUCUUAUCUGAUCAUCCUCAUGGUUUAUCAGUUCCUGAUCCAUGGAACGGUGGAUAAGGAUGUGCGGAGCGACUCGGAGGGCAGCGAAGAAGAGGAUGAGUUGAGCCAGAAGUCAGAAUAGAAAAAUGGUACCAUCAAUGCCCAACUCAACUGCCACUUGCCCUGCAUUAUUAAGAGAGUGCUCAUGCAGAUGAACAGCGGGAAUUUGCCAUCAAGUGGUCACACCAAAGUCCCUCUACCCUUCUCUCUGUUUCCAUAUUAG